AUGUUUCUUGCCGCGCUCUCUGUCCUUGUUGCUGUUGCGCCCUUCCGCGCUGCGGGUCGUGCUCUUCCGCGCGCAGCCAGCGCCUCGGCGACACUCGCAAGCUCUGCUCCACUCCCCACGUCCACGGCAAUUGUCCCUGGCCUGAACGCCCUCGCGCAGGCUGCAGGCAAGGUGUAUUUCGGCUCUGCGACUGACAACCCGGAGUUGAAUGAUACCGCCUAUGUCAACAUCCUGUCCGAUAACAGACAGUUUGGCCAGUUGACUCCCGGGAACAGCAUGAAAUGGUACGCAACGGAGCCUGAGCCGGGAGUCUUCACCUUCGAGGCGGGUGAUGUCAUCAGGAACUUGGCCUACGCAAACGGCCAGUAUCUCAGAGGACAUAAUUGCGUUUGGUAUGAGGAGCUACCUGACUGGGUGACGGCGAACAACUACACCGCUCCCGAGCUGGCAUACGUUGUGGAAAACCAUUGCGCCACCAUUGUUGGCCACUAUGCAGGAGAAAUAAUAUCAUUUAGUUACAGUUGGGAUGUCAUUAAUGAACCGUUGAAUGACAAUGGUACCUUCCGUGAGACUGUCUUCUACGACACUCUCGGCAUGGAGUAUAUUCCUAUUGCCCUCAGAGCUGCCCGAGCUGCCGACCCUCACGCGAAGUUGUUUAUAAACGACUAUAAUAUUGAGGGCACUGGUGCGAAGUCGACCGCUAUGGUGGAACUUGUGCAGUGGCUACAAGAGAAUUACGUCCCCAUCGAUGGCAUUGGUGUCGAGGGACACCUUAUCGUAGGAGAGGUCCCGACAACACUCGUCGAGAACUUCCAGCAGUUCGCAGACCUUGGUGUCAUCUUCUCCAUCAACGAGCUGGAUAUUCGCAUGCCCCUGCCCGCGACAGCCGAGAUGCUUGAGCAGCAGAAGGCUGACUACGAGACCGUCGUGUCGGCGUGCAUGCAGUUUACGCAAUGUGUCGGCAUUACUCUGUGGGACUACACUGACAAAUACUCGUGGAUUCCGUCUUCUUUCCCUGGCUAUGGCGAAGCAUGCCCGUGGGACGAGUACCUGCAGAGGAAGCCCGCUUACGAUGGUAUCGUUCUUGGGUUCCAAAACGGAUCAACACUUUACCUCUGA